AUGUCCACCGAUCUCUCCAUCAUUCUCCCUCGCGUUCUCAUUGUCUCUAGACGAAGCGUUCGCAAGAACAAGUUCGUUGAUUUUGUCGGUGAAUAUCACCUGGAUCUUAUAGUAGGGUAUGGCGCAGUGCCCGUGAUUGUUCCUCGUGUUUCUGGGGUGCACAUGUUGUUGGAUAGCUUUGAGCCAAUCCAUGGCGUGCUUCUGUGUGAAGGGGAAGACAUUGAUCCCUCUUGGUAUGAAGAAGAUACCUCGGGUCUUUCACAAGAGGAAUUGGAUGAGAUUAGAAGGCUCCAUGUGAGUGACACGGCCAUUGAUAAAGAGAAAGACUCGAUCGAGUUGAGCCUCGCGAAGCUAUGCCUCGAGAGGAACAUUCCCUAUCUGGGAAUCUGCAGGGGCUCACAGAUCCUUAAUGUUGCAUGUGGGGGUACCCUUUACCAGGAUAUAGGGAAAGAGCUUUCAGUUAAGUGCCCCGAGAGCAAAAGGGUGAUGCACAUAAACUACGACAAUUAUGAUGGGCAUAGGCACGAUGUGGAAGUGGUGGAAGACACCCCUUUGCAUCAUUGGUUUAAGGAUUCUUUGGAAGAUGGAAAAAUGGAUAUUUGCGUUAAUAGCUAUCACCAUCAAGGGGUCAAGAGAUUGGCACAACGUUUUGUGCCAAUGGCCUUUGCACCCGAUGGUUUGAUUGAAGGGUUUUAUGACCCAGAUGCUUAUAAUCCAGAAGAGGGUAAGUUCAUUAUGGGAUUGCAAUUUCACCCUGAGCGUAUGAGGAAGCCUGAUUCGGAUGAGUUUGAUUACCCAGGAUGCCCCUUUGCUUAUAAGGAAUUUGUGAAGGCAGUUGUGGCUUAUCAGAAGAAGUUGAACAACUUAACACCCAUCCAAAAACCUAUUAAGCUUAAUAAGGAAAUGGAAAAUAAAAGGAAGAGUAUAAUGCGUAGUUUCUCACUUGCCAAAAACCUCUACAACGCUGGUCGUGGAAUCAAUUCCACCAAAGAAUCCGAACUAGAAAUUGGAGCACAAUUUCUUGAGUCAAACACAGCAUUGAAUGUGCAGCAAGAGAAUAGGUUAAAGCAAAUGGGUGCAACAGUUAGGAAUGCAGGGUCAUACAUAGAGAGACUGAAGAUGAAUGAGGCAAGAGAAAAGAUGGCAAGAGGUGUGAUGGGGAAGAUGUCAGUGGAACAGUUGUCAGAGCUCUUGUCUUUCUAUCACACUAUGGGCCAAAUUUGUUCAGAAGUAUUGGAUAUAAAGAUACAUGGCCUUGUCAAUCAAUGA